AUGGACCAUGGGGAAGACAAUAGUGAUGAAAUAUAUGAAGGUUUGGAACCUGAUUUUGAGGAUAUGAAUGACUGUUUGGAACGUGAUUUCGAUGAAAUGUAUGAUGAUUUUGAUGCAAUGAAUGACAUUAUGAACAAGGGAGGUGAAGAUGUUAUGGUUAUUUUGACUGAUGUAUUUAGCACCGGCAUGAUGUUUGAUACGCGAGAUGAUUUAUUAAAAUGGGCUAGAAAUGUUGGAAGGGAAAAUGGAGUUGUCGUUGUUAUUUUUAGAUCUGAAAAUGCGACAACACGACCAAGAACAAAGACAAAAUUAAUUCUUGGUUGUGAAAGAAGCGGUAAAUAUAGACCUUGGAAGAAUCCUAAACCGACGAGGAGUACUUGGAGUAGAAAAUGUGAAUGUCCUUUUAGAUUGAGAGGUACACCAUCAAAUGUUGGUGAUGGAUGGUAUCUGCAUGUAAUAUGCGGUGUUCAUAACCACGAAUUUCCCAAAAAGUCUCAGGAAGAGAAAGUUGUACUUGGUGAUAUGACGAAAAAUAUGAUCAAACCAAGAAACAUAUUGAUGACAAUAAAUGAUCAUAAUGUUACAAGUUUGACGACAAUAAAACAAGUUUAUAAUGCACGUCAAGCAUAUCGUUCAUCACUUAGAGGUAAUAGAACAGAAAUGCAACAUCUUUUGACAUUGAUGGAACGCGACAAAUAUGUCUAUCGAUAUAGGAAGGUAGAGGGUUCAAAUGAGUUGAGGGAUAUCUUUUGGACUCAUCCAGACGCUAUCAGUUUUUCUGAGCGUGUUGAUAAUUUUACAUGGGCACUACAAAUGUUGAAAGAACAUAUUACAGGUGGUGAAGUUGAAGUAAUUGUUACUAAUAGAGAUCUUGCGUUGAUGAACGCAGUUGAAUGUGUUUUUCCAAAGGCGUGGUUAAUUCCUCACAAGGAAAGAUUUGUUGAGGCGUGGACUAAUAGAGUUAUGCAUUUUGGGAACACUACAACACAAAGAGUUGAGUCGGUGCACUGGAGUUUGAAACGGAUAUUACAAGAUAGCAUUGGUGAUAUAUGCAGUGUUUGGGAAACCAUCAAUAGCAUGAUUGUCCAUCGACAUAGUAACAGAUUGUAUGCCAAUUUGCGUGGUGUUGUGUCAAAAAAUGCAAUAGAUCACAUUGCGGUAGAGUUUGAUCACGUGAAGUAUGUAGGUAUAGAUAAGUCUGAAUGUCGUUGCACAAUUAGGAGAACACAUGGUCUACCUUGUGCAUGUGAGAUAGCCAGGUAUAGUAUGAUCCCCCGUUCUAUUUCGUUAGAUGUUAUUCAUGUUUGGUGGACUAAAUUAACUUUUCAUGAUGAUGGAUCGGGUAAACCUUCAGAAUUAUCUGUGCAACAUGAAAUAGAAGUGAUAGUGAAAAAGUUUGAUGAACUUGAUGUAUCUGGAAACAUUGCACUGAAAGGUAAAUUACGUGAGAUUGUGUAUCCAUCGACUACGUCGAUGUGUCCACCUGUUGACAAGGUUAAAAAAAAGGGUGCACCGAAAAAAGGCAAAAGUAAGAUAUCAAAAAGAGAUAAAUCAACCAAGCGUGAUCCAUCUUGGUGGGAAUAUGUGGAUGCAAGUGUUCGAUGCAGUGGCACAAAUGCAUGUAGUACUGUAACUUCUAAUAAAGUACAACAACCUCGACCAUCAGUAACAAAGCUCACACCUCGACCAUCAGUCAACAAAGUUCAAGAACCGAGAGUUCUUAUCUUCAACGAAUGGUUGCCGGUUGAAAUUUACAAAUUCAUAGAUGACAUUAUUGACGUGGGCGAGGAUGGUAAUUGUGGAUAUCGUGCAGUUGCAGCUUUACUUGGAAUGGGUGAGAACUUUUGGGCAUUCAUUCGUCAAGAGUGUAUGGUAGAGCUUCAAGAAUUCAUGUCUCAUUACGAGAUAAUAUAUGGUGGACAAAUUUCUGUUCAACAACUUAUACACAAUGUAUAUGUUGAACAUGUUGCAACUUUGGAUAAUUGGAUGACAUUUCUAGAAAUGGGAUAUGUGAUUGCUUCGAAAUUUAACUUGGUUUUCGUCGCAUUAUCACUUAACCAAUCAGAAACAUUUUUUCCACUUAGAAGUCCACCACCAACACCUAUUCCAGAUCAUCAUAUGAUAGUUAUUGCAUUUGUUAAUAACUGUCAUUUUGUGCAGGUUUAUUUAAAGCCAAAUUCUCCUAUACCACCACCAAGUAAUUUGUGGAGAAAAUAUUGCACAGAAGAAGCACGUCAAUGGGAAUUUAUUUACAAUGAUCACAUUCAACAUUGGCUGAAGAUAUUUCCAUGUAGUAUAGAUGAAUAUGUUGUAAACUGA